GGUUGGUCUCCUUUCACGUGGUUCUGUCAAGGACAAGAGAACCAAGAUGGCUACCAAAGGUUAUCGACGUGGUACUAGGCACCUUUUCUCCCGCCGUUUUAGGAAGAAGGGAAUGAUAAAGCUGUCGACCUACAUGAAAAUUUAUAAAGUUGGUGACUAUGUCGACAUAAAGGUGAAUGGUGCAGUACAUAAAGGUAUGCCGUACAAAUUCUAUCACGGUAGAACAGGAAGAGUAUUCAACAUUAGCAAAAGAGCUGUUGGAGUAGAAGUGUCGAAACAAGUCCGUAAUCGUAUCAUUAACAAGAGGAUCCACGUUAGAGUUGAACAUGUCAACCCUUCUCGCUGCCGGGAGGACUUCUAUGCCAGACUCAAAGAAAUCAAAGCCAAAAGAAGAGCAGCUCACGAAGAAAAGAGGAGAAUCCUGCCUGGUGAGUUAAAAAGGAAGCCAGCUCAGCCACGAGAGGGACGUCUUGUCAAAAUGAAAGGAAAAGAAGUUGAGGAUUUAGAAGCAAUCCCGUAUGCAUUUUUAGGAUAGAAAUAACGAGAAAGGAACAACUUCUUGUAAUUAUUCUUUUCACAAUAAAUGAAGAAAUUAUGAAAUUAUACAGUA